CCUGACAUCUCUCAUUCUCGGAAUGUGGUGAUAACGACAACUUUAUUAUGUUGUGUAAAUUCAACGACAAAGAACAUUUCAUUCUAAAAUUUUGCAAUCUUCAGUAACAAAUUGCAGAGUUUGUUUGUAUGCGUGUGUGUGUGUGUUGAAACGGUCCAAUUUUAAAUUUUCCAUUAUUGUUGUUAUCAUUGUUGCUUUUAUCAUUGUUUCAAUUUUAUGGUAUUAUCGCUCUAUAAUGGAAACUUGGGUCAGCCAACUUCCAGAAUUGUUUUGGAUAGGCACACAACGUGUUGAGUCCGGAUUAAAAGAACUGAGCAGCCAUCUAAUGUUGCGAUCACCUCCGACAGAUUGGUUGACGAUAUUCUUCGAAUUGGCUAACAAUGCUACUGAUUUGUUGAUCAAUUUUUAUCUAGUCAAUCCUCGAACAUUCUUUGCAAUAUUAUUGUGUUUAUGUUAUGUCAUUUAUUAUAUUCGCAAUGUUGUCCACAAACCAAUGUUCAUUUGUGCUGAAGGCCGUUUCAAAUGGUUCAUCAAGGCCAAUUGUCCGAUUGUUAACGAUAAUUAUUGGCCAACACUAUGGUGCUAUGAAACUCAUUUGCUCACACCUAUUUCUAAUUUUCUUCGCAGUCUGAUACCAGAAUUGAAAUAUCAUAGAGAAAUAUUAUCCACUUCAGAUGGUGGACAGAUCUCAUUGGAUUGGUAUGAUCCUGAUGGCAGUGAAACAAAGACAGUGUACCGCCAAACAUCAUUGGAUAAUCAAGAACAAACUUUAUCAAAACAUUCCAUGUCUGAACGGUCUGUUGAAAACAACAAACCAAUCGCUCUUUUUCUACCCGGAUUAGCUGGAUCAUCGCAAGCCGAAUACAUUAAAUCAUUGGUUCCAAUAGCUCAUCGGAUUGGUUAUCGUGUGGUGGUUAUCAAUUAUCGAGGCCUAGGAAAUACCCCGUUGUUGACUCCUCGAAUGUAUUGUGCAGCUGAUGAUGCUGAUCUUUGUACAGCGUUGGUUCAUUUACGUGAAGCGAAUCCAAAAGAGAAAAUCAUAGCAGUUGGCAUUUCGUUGGGUGGUAUCAUUUUGGCCAGAUAUCUAAUAAGAUCAGGAUACCAUUCAUUAGUGGAUGCAGCAUUUAUGGUGUCAGUCUGUUGGGACAUAAUGGAAGGUAUUGCCAGCAUGGAAAAAGGUCUGAAUUUUGCUCUGAAUCAACAUCUUACCCGAUCAUUGGUGAGCAUCGUCGAGGCUAAUAGGGAGAUAUUUCAAAAAUUACCAAACAUCGAUAUCGAUGCAGUCAGUAAAUGCCGAAACCAAAGAGAAUUUGAUGAAAAAUUUACCAUACGUAUGUUCAACUUUGAGAGUGUUUCCCAUUAUUAUUGCGAAAGUAGCCAUAAAGGAAAGAUUGCCUGCAUUAAGACGCCGACAUUUUGCAUCAAUGCUGCUGAUGACAUGUUUAUGCCAUUAGAGUAUUUACCAUUAGAUGAAGUGCUUCAAAGUAGAAAUGUAGCAAUGUUGGUCACACAACGUGGUGGCCAUAUCGGUUUUAUGGAUGGAUUCAUACCCAAUUUUAAAUGUGAAUUCUACUCCGAACGAGUGAUUGAACAAUAUUUAAAAGCAUUAUAUCAACUGACCGAUAUAAAACGCGAUUUACUAUUGUGAUCUUUGUAAUUCUAUGAUUCCAUCGAUUGUUUGCUCCAUUAAUUCACUGUUUGUCGGUUUAUUCUACUCAUUAUCCUGUUUUACUUUACAUAGCCUUUCAAUUUUUUUUUCAUUUUUUUAGUUUAUUUGAUCAUUUUAUUUGAAUUCUAUAUUGCGAACAAAAAUUGUAUCGAAAAUGUGAUUGUUUCAAAGAAAAAAAAAUAAUAUAAAUUUUAUACUUAA